AUGUCUUCCCACGGCGACCCGGAGGCGGCGCAGGCACCCCUUUUGGCCCGGAAGCCGCCGCCUCAAGCGGCGGCGGCCGAGGCGCGGUGGUGGGGCAGGGCCAUCGACGUGGAGGAGGCCAAGGGGCAGGUGCUGUUCGCGCUGCCGAUGAUUCUGACCAACGUCUCGUACUACUUCAUCCCGCUCGUCUCGGUCAUGUUCGCCGGCCACCUCGGAGACCUCGAGCUCGCCGGCUCCAACCUCGCCAACUCGUGGGCCGCCGUCUCUGGUUUUGCCCUCAUGGUCGGCUUGAGUGGUGCUCUCGAGACGCUAUGCGGACAAGGGUACGGUGCGAAAAUGUAUAGAAUGCUCGGUAUAUACCUCCAAGCUUCUUGCAUCAUCACUAUAAUCUUCACGGUUAUAGUAUCCGUAAUCUGGUGGUAUUCAGACAUUAUUCUAACAUUACUCCAUCAAGAUCCUCAAAUUGCAAAAGCGGCCGGUCUCUAUUUAAGGUAUCUCAUCCCGGGACUCGUGGCUUACGGGUUCUUGCAGAACAUUUUGAGGUUCCUCCAAACGCAGUCCGUCGUGAUGCCACUUGUCGUGUGCUCAUUGGUCCCUCUGGCGGCCCACAUCGGGAUUGCCUACGGUUUGGUGCACGGGACUUCGCUCGCGUACAGUGGGGCCCCACUGGCAGCUUCGGUCUCGUUGUGGGUCUCGGUUCUUAUGUUGGGUUUUUAUGUGAUUAAGGAUGAGAAGUUUAAUGAUACAUGGACCGGGUUUUCUUGGGAGUCGUUUGGCUAUGUAUACUCGAAUUUCAAGUUAGCUUUGCCCUCAGCUGCCAUGGUUUGCCUCGAGUAUUGGGCUUUUGAGAUUCUCGUGUUGCUAGCCGGGUUGAUGCCGAACUCGGAAGUUUCAACUUCAUUAAUUGCAAUGUGCACGAGGGUGUCGAACGAGUUGGGUGCGGGAUAUCCCGACCGGGCCAAACGGGCCAUGGCCGUCACUCUUAAACUGACCUUCCUUCUCGCCCUUUGUGUCGUCUUGGCACUGUCGUUGGGCCACAACCUGUGGGCCCACAGCUUCAGCAACAGCCCCAUCAUCAUCGAAGCCUACGCCUCCAUGACACCGUUUCUCGUUUUAUCCAUUUUGUGCGAUUUCGUUCAAGGAAUCUUAUCAGGGGUGGCAAGAGGCUGUGGCUGGCAGCAUUUGGCAGUGUUCAUCAACUUGGGGACAUUCUAUUUGAUUGGCAUGCCCAUUGCUGGGCUGCUUGCUUUCAAGUUGGGCCUGUAUUCCAAGGGAUUAUGGAUUGGGCUGAUCUGCGGACUGUUUGUCCAGAUGUUGGGCCUCUUAUUGCUCACAAAGUUCACAAAAUGGACAAGGGUGGAGUUUUCUAAUGGGCCUUGA